AUAAACAGCUGUUCAAUGUUUACAAAACAAACAGCUGCUCUAUGGCCCCACUCGUUUCGUUUCGUGUUGUGCAAUUGUAUUUGUGUGAAGUGUUGCCUCCACAAAAUAAAAAUAAAGCAGAAAAGAUGUCCACACUCUUAGUGCUAAGAGGACUGAGUAGAACGUGGAGGGGUGUAGCAACAAAAACUUCUGUUAUAAAACCAAAGGAAAUGGCACCUUACCUCAGAUCCUCAAAUGAAAUAAGCCGGUCGAUCGGAAGCACAACAACCGCCCUAAGGCAAAGGGAACAACAACAACAGCAACCAACCCAAAACAACAAUGAAGAUGAAUGGCGCACCAUAUAUAGAUUACCAUUGAUACGCUUGGCUUCCGCCUUUAAUCGUGUUAAAAUCCCCUAUGGUGUCUUCAAUGCAUUGAGUAUACCCGGUGCCUUUGCCCUGGAACAGGCAUCCCAGUUGCCACCAUCCACCUCCACAUUGUUUGCAGCCGUUGGUCUUACCUCAUGGAUGACUCUAUCCAUUUGCAGUUUGCUGACAAAAAACCUGGUGGGCAUUAUGUACCUCAACGAUGACAAUGACAAACUGAAAUUGGCCUACAUUGAUUUUUGGGGUAAACGUAAUGAUGUUGUCAUCGAUUUGGAUGAUUUGGUGCCCGAAAAUGAAAAGAAGCGACCAUCGAAAUUUGAUUGGUAUCAAACGUUGACACUGUACAGUAAUGAUAAGGUGAAGUUUAAGCUAUUGCAACGUUUCGGUCAGGUUGAAGAUCCCGAAGCGUUUGUGGCGAUAUUUGGUGAAUAGGGUGGGAGAGAGAGAGAGACGUAGGAAGGUUAGGGUUAAAAUAAAUGUUGUUUUUGAAAAGAAAAAUU